UUGCAUGUGAUGCUUAUUAAUCUUGGUAUGCGUAUUUGUAGCAGUAAUGGCUUUUGAGUUAAGUGUUCCCAGCCCGGAACUUUUCUCCGGAUUGACUAAAUAGCAUUAAAGAUUUUGUACUCUUGAAAGUAAACAUCUAGAAAAGGACCGAAGACUAAUGAUAUCAACGGCCAACAACGAGCCACGAUCCUCGUUCGCAUAAAGUUCUUAAGCGCUUGUCAACAAUCUUGAUUACUCAUAACCUUGACUAUUUAAUAUAAAAUGGCAAACUCCUGAGCUCGAUGAAGCAUUGAGUGCUUUCUGCUGUUGCUUGCUCAUGCGCGUCGCGUAUAUGUGUAGUUUACACCGUGUGUCUUCGUCUUGUGACUUUUGCGGGUGCUUUCCUUGGGUGUUUUGUCGACAACCCUUUGCUCUUAAUAAGCUUACGUUCGUUAACGAAAAUGCCGAACAUCAUCAACGAUAUCAAGCUCGAUUUUAAGGAUGUCUUGCUCAGACCGAAGAGAAGCACCCUCAAAAGCAGAUUCGACGUCGAUUUAUUUAGGGAUAUUACUUUUCGAAAUUCCAAGCUGGCUUAUCAAGGAAUACCUGUGAUGGCUUCAAAUAUGGACACAGUUGGAACUUUUGAAAUGGCAAAAGCACUGUCUAAGCAUGGCCUAUUUACAACAAUUCAUAAAUAUUAUACUGCAGAUGAAUGGAAAGUCUUUGCUAUUCGCAAUCCUGAGUGCUUAAAAAAUGUAGCUGCUAGUUCAGGAACUGGAAACGAAGACUUUGAACGCUUAUCAAUGAUUUUAGCAACUAUUCCUGAAUUAACAUUUAUUUGUAUAGAUGUUGCCAAUGGAUAUUCUCAGCAUUUUGUAGAAUAUGUGAGAAGAGUUCGCUUAGAAUUUCCAUUUCAUACAAUAAUUGCUGGAAAUGUAGUAACUGGAGAAAUGGUAGAAGAGCUAAUUCUCUCAGGAGCAGAUAUUAUUAAAGUAGGUAUUGGUCCUGGAUCUGUAUGCACAACACGUAUGAAAACUGGUGUUGGGUAUCCUCAAUUAAGUGCAGUAAUUGAAUGUGCUGAUGCUGCACAUGGCCUUAAAGGUCAUAUUAUUUCUGAUGGUGGUUGCACUUGCCCAGGAGAUAUAGCUAAGGCAUUUGGUGCUGGCGCCGAUUUUGUUAUGGCAGGUGGAAUGUUUGCUGGUCAUGAUGAGUGUGGAGGGGAAACUAUUCAAAAAAAUGGAAAAAAAUAUAAACUAUUUUAUGGAAUGGCUUCCAACACAGCCAUGAAAAAGCAUGCUGGUGGUGUUGCUGACUAUAGAUCUUCAGAAGGUAAAACUGUUGAAGUGGCGCAUAAAGGUGCUGUAGAAUCAACAAUAUUAGAUAUGCUUGGUGGUUUGCGUUCAGCUUGUACCUACGUAGGGGCAUCUCGAUUAAGAGAAUUGCCAAAACGUGCUACGUUUAUAAGAUGUAAUCAGCAAAUCAAUAAUAUUUAUGGUCCACCUAUGUAAACAAAGUGUAAAAGUUUGAGAGUUUAUACUUGUUUAUUAAUUGCUGAGAUUAACGGAUAAAUGUCUCAAUUAAUUUUAAUAGAGAAAUAUAGUAUUCUUAAAUAAGUGCCAUCACUGAUUGUAUUACGGCUAUAUCUCAGUAUGAAAUGACAGUUAACAUUAUUUAAACAUCGAUUGUAGAUAUAGCGUUUUGCUUAUUGGGCGAUUGAUCUAAAAUAUGGUGGAUAUAUGGAUGUUUUUGUACUUCAUAUAUACUUUAAAUAUUGUGAAAAAUAUUGUAACAGUAUUGAUAAUUUUUUUGUAUGU